AGGAAGCCUGUGUCCUUUAGGAUCCACCUCCAGACUCAGAGGAGGGAGACAAGUCACAAGUGACACAAGUGACAGUCUUGGCAGUGGGGGUGGUGGUGGGGGGGGCUCCUUUUACUAGCUCAUCGCGCCAUAUGGGUAAAUGAAAUGCUGAGGAUUAGACCCCCCUUCCCUUUCCCGCUUCCUUCCCCUUUAGUGUUCCAGGUGGGAUCGGGUUAUCUUUCUGUGGGGGAAGAAGUGGAUUUUCAGAACUAAUGCCUCAGCCAAAGUGCACCUCACGUGCGUGUGUGCCUUAGGUUUUCCGUUGACAUCUGAAAUAAAGGGCACAGCCUGAAAGACCCAGGGCUGGGUUCCAGCCCCCAAGCCCUGUGGGACAGGAGGAAAAGGCCCCUGAGGCCACAAGGAGGCUACCCUGUGGCGGGUUUGGCAGCCUGAAAGGACUGGACUCCACUUCCCAGCGGGCACCGCGGCACUGUUCACGCCCCCUUCUCUGGUGCGCGGCGUGUAGGUGAUACCGGCCGCGCCUUAGCUCAAGCCCCCCCGCUGCCCAGAGUUGGUAGGCUCCGCCGGCGGGACAGCCGGCUUGUCAGCCCCGGCGGCCGGGCACUUCCAAGCCGCAUGCGGGGGGAGGGAGGUGAGGUGUGUGGAGAGGAUCAGAAACUCUCAGGUGCAGUUUAUCCUGAGAAGUCACUUUCAGAUUAAUCAAUGUUUCGUCGAAACGGGCUCUAUGACCAUGUCGGAUCAAAAUCUGUGUGAGGAGCCCAAACAAAAGGUAUUCCUUCGGGUCCUCCCCUUGCAACUCAGUGGCGCUGGACUGGCCCAGCACGCCAGUCUCGUUCCCACUUCCACACGGAUAGGCGUGUGAGUACCGCCUUUCUCCCCGUCUACUCCACCCUUCAGCGCGCGGCUUGGUGCAGCCCAGUCCCCCCAGGGGUGAAUGGUACGGCCCCGGCCCCCCUCAGCCUCUGGCUUCCGCACCGGUUCGGAGAGGUACGCGCCCCCCGGUGCGGACGCGGAACUGGCGCCUGCUCGGAGUGGCGCCGAGCGCCGGGGCGACUGACGCUCCGCUGCCGGGGGACGUCCGGCCGGGCCUAGCCGGUCCCCCAGGCUCGGAAGCCCCGCCAAUUGCCUACCUCAUUGCUCCAGUUCUCCCUCACGCUGGACCAGUCCGUGCUGAUGAGCUUGCAAGGUCCUCUACUGGGAACAAGGGGAGCAGUACUUUGAAGAUUCAAGAGACUUGGACUUUCAGAUAAUAUCAGAAUUUCUCCUGGGAACACUGACUCCUUGCUUGAUGCCCUGAAGUUCCUCUGAGAUGAACUGAUGAAUUGGAACCAUGGUGCAAAAGAAGAAGUUCUGUCCUCGGUUACUUGACUAUCUAGUGAUCGUAGGGGCCAGGCACCCAAGCAGUGAUAGUGUGGCCCAGACUCCUGAAUUGCUGCGGCGAUACCCAUUAGAGGAUCACGCUGAGUUUCCCCUGCCCCCAGACGUAGUAUUCUUCUGCCAGCCAGAGGGCUGUCUGAGUGUGCGGCAGCGGCGCAUGAGCCUUCGGGAUGAUACCUCUUUUGUCUUCACCCUCACUGACAAGGACACAGGAGUCACGCGUUACGGCAUCUGUGUUAACUUCUACCGCUCCUUCCAAAAGCGAAUACCUAAGGAAAAGGGGGAAGGUGGGGCAGGGUCCCGUGGGAAGGAAGGAACCCGUGUCACCUGCUCCUCAGAAGAGGUUGGCACUGAGAGCUCAGAGAGUGGCUCGUCCCUGCAGCCUCCCAGUGCUGACUCCACCCCAGAUGUGAACCAGUCUCCUCGGGGCAAACGCCGGGCCAAGGGGGGCAGCCGUUCCCGCAACAGUACUCUGACAUCCCUGUGUGUGCUCAGCCACUACCCUUUCUUCUCCACCUUCCGAGAGUGUCUGUAUACCCUCAAACGUCUGGUGGACUGCUGUAGUGAGCGACUGCUGGGCAAGAAACUGGGCAUCCCUCGAGGCGUACAAAGGGACACCAUGUGGCGGAUCUUUACUGGAUCACUGCUAGUGGAGGAGAAGUCAAGUGCCCUUCUGCAUGACCUUCGAGAGAUUGAGGCCUGGAUCUAUCGAUUACUGCGCUCCCCAGUACCUGUCUCUGGGCAGAAGCGAGUAGACAUUGAGGUCCUACCCCAGGAGCUCCAGCCAUCUCUGACCUUUGCUCUUCCAGACCCCUCUAGAUUCACCCUAGUGGAUUUCCCACUGCACCUUCCCUUGGAACUUCUGGGUGUGGAUGCCUGUCUUCAGGUGCUAACCUGCAUCCUGUUAGAGCACAAGGUGGUACUACAGUCCCGAGACUACAAUGCACUCUCCAUGUCUGUGAUGGCAUUUGUGGCAAUGAUCUACCCUCUGGAAUAUAUGUUUCCUGUCAUCCCACUGCUUCCCACCUGCAUGGCAUCGGCAGAGCAGCUGCUGUUGGCUCCAACCCCGUACAUCAUCGGGGUCCCUGCCAGCUUCUUCCUCUACAAACUGGACUUCAAAAUGCCUGAUGAUGUAUGGCUAGUAGAUCUGGACAGCAAUCGGGUGAUUGCCCCCACCAAUGCAGAAGUGCUACCUAUCCUGCCAGAACCAGAAUCAUUAGAGCUGAAAAAACAUUUAAAGCAGGCCCUAGCAAGCAUGAGUCUCAACACUCAGCCCAUCCUCAAUCUGGAGAAAUUUCAUGAAGGCCAGGAGAUCCCACUUCUGUUGGGAAGGCCUUCUAAUGACCUGCAGUCCACACCUUCCACUGAAUUCAACCCACUUAUCUAUGGCAAUGAUGUGGAUUCUGUGGAUGUUGCAACCAGAGUGGCCAUGGUGCGUUUCUUCAACUCUGCCAACGUGCUGCAGGGCUUUCAGAUGCACACACGUACCCUGCGUCUCUUCCCUCGGCCUGUGGUAGCUUUUCAAGCUGGUUCCUUUCUAGCCUCACGUCCACGGCAGACUCCUUUUGCUGAGAAAUUGGCCAGGACUCAGGCUGUGGAGUACUUUGGGGAAUGGAUCCUUAACCCCACCAACUAUGCCUUUCAGCGAAUUCACAACAAUAUGUUUGAUCCAGCCCUGAUUGGUGACAAGCCAAAGUGGUAUGCUCAUCAGCUGCAGCCCAUCCACUAUCGAGUCUAUGAUAGCAAUUCCCAGCUGGCGGAGGCACUGAAUGUGCCGCCAGAGCGUGACUCUGACUCUGACCCUACUGACGACAGUGGCAGUGAUAGUAUGGAUUAUGAUGACUCGAGCUCUUCUUAUUCCUCUCUUGGUGACUUUGUCAGUGAAAUGAUGAAAUGCGACAUCAAUGGUGAUACUCCCAAUGUGGACCCUCUAACGCAUGCAGCACUGGGGGAUGCCAGCGAAGUGGAGAUUGAUGAGCUUCAGAACCAGAAGGAAGCAGAGGAGCCUGGCCCAGACAGUGAGAACUCUCAGGAAAACCCCCCACAGCGCUCUAGCUCCAGCACCACCGCCAGCAGUAGCCCCAGCACUGUCAUCCAUGGAGCCAACUCUGAACCUGCUGACUCUACAGAGAUGGAUGAUAAGGCAGCUGUAGGCGUCUUCAAGCCCCUCCCUUCUGUGCCUCCCAGCAUUGGCAAAUCGAACGUGGACAGGCGUCAGACAGAAAUUGGAGAGGGGUCAGUGCGCCGGCGAACCUAUGACAAUCCAUACUUCGAGCCCCAAUAUGGCUUUCCCCCUGAGGAAGAUGAUGAUGAGCAGGGGGAAAGUUACACUCCCCGAUUCAGCCAACAUGUCAAUGGCAAUCGGGCUCAAAAGCUGCUGCGGCCCAACAGCUUGAAACUGGCAAGUGAUUCAGACGCAGAGUCAGACUCUCGGGCAAGCUCUCCCACCUCCACCGUCUCCAACACCAGCACCGAGGGCUUCGGGGGCAUCAUGUCUUUUGCCAGCAGCCUGUAUCGGAACCACAGUACAAGCUUCAGUCUUUCAAACCUUACACUGCCCACCAAAGGUGCCCGAGAGAAGACCACACCCUUCCCCAGUCUGAAAGUAUUUGGGCUAAAUACUCUAAUGGAGAUUGUUACUGAAGCCGGCCCCGGGAGUGGUGAAGGAAACAGGAGGGCCUUAGUGGAUCAGAAGUCAUCUGUCAUUAAACACAGCCCAACAGUGAAACGAGAACCUCCAUCACCCCAGGGUCGAUCCAGCAAUUCUAGUGAGAACCAGCAGUUCCUGAAGGAGGUGGUGCACAGCGUGCUGGAUGGCCAGGGAGUUGGCUGGCUCAACAUGAAAAAGGUGCGCCGGCUGCUGGAGAGCGAGCAGCUACGAGUCUUCGUCCUGAGCAAGCUGAACCGCACAGUGCAGUCAGAGGACGAUGCCCGGCAGGACAUCAUCCCGGAUGUGGAGAUCAGUCGAAAGGUGUACAAGGGAAUGUUAGAUCUCCUCAAGUGCACAGUCCUCAGUCUGGAGCAGUCCUAUGCCCAUGCAGGUCUGGGUGGCAUGGCCAGCAUCUUUGGGCUUCUGGAGAUCGCCCAGACCCACUACUAUAGCAAAGAACCAGAUAAGCGAAAGAGAAGUCCAACAGAAAGUAUAAGUACCCCAGUUGGCAAGGAUCCUGGCCUGGCUGGGCGGGGGGACCCAAAGGCUAUGGCACAGCUAAGAGUUCCCCAGCUGGGACCUCGGGCAUCAAGUGCCACAGGAAAAGGUCCCAAGGAACCAGACACCAGAAGUUUAAAGGAAGAGAAUUUUGUAGCAUCUAUUGAAUUGUGGAACAAGCACCAGGAAGUGAAAAAGCAAAAAGCUUUGGAAAAACAGAGGCCUGAAGUACUCAAACCUGUCUUUGACCUUGGUGAGACAGAAGAGAAAAAGUCCCAGAUCAGCGCAGACAGUGGUGUGAGCCUGACAUCUAGUUCCCAGAGGACCGAUCAAGACUCUGUCCUUGGUGUGAGUCCAGCUGUUAUGAUCCGCAGCUCAAGUCAGGAUUCUGAAGUUAGCACCGUGGUGAGUAAUAGUUCUGGAGAGACCCUUGGAGCAGACAGUGACCUGAGUAGCAAUGCAGGUGAUGGACCAGGUGGCGAGGGCGGUGCCCACUUGGCAGGCUCUCGGGGCACUUUGUCUGAUAGUGAAAUUGAGACCAACUCUGCCACAAGCACCAUCUUUGGUAAAGCCCACAGCUUGAAGCCAAGCGUAAAGGAGAAGCUGGCAGGCAGCCCAAUUCGCUCUUCUGAAGAUGUGAGCCAGCGAGUCUACCUCUAUGAGGGACUCCUAGGAAGGGACAAAGGAUCGAUGUGGGACCAGUUAGAGGAUGCUGCUAUGGAGACCUUUUCUAUAAGCAAAGAGCGUUCUACUUUAUGGGACCAAAUGCAGUUCUGGGAAGAUGCGUUCUUAGAUGCUGUUAUGUUGGAGAGAGAAGGGAUGGGUAUGGACCAGGGUCCCCAGGAAAUGAUCGACAGAUAUCUAUCUCUUGGAGAACAUGAUCGGAAGCGCCUAGAGGAUGAUGAAGAUCGCUUGCUGGCCACGCUUUUGCACAACCUUAUCUCCUACAUGCUGCUGAUGAAGGUAAAUAAGAAUGACAUCCGAAAGAAAGUGAGGCGCCUAAUGGGAAAGUCCCAUAUUGGGCUUGUGUACAGCCAGCAAAUCAAUGAGGUGCUUGAUCAGCUGGCGAACCUGAAUGGACGUGAUCUCUCUAUCCGGUCCAGCGGCAGCCGGCACAUGAAGAAGCAGACGUUUGUGGUACAUGCAGGGACGGACACAAAUGGAGAUAUCUUUUUCAUGGAGGUGUGUGAUGACUGUGUGGUGUUACGCAGUAACAUCGGGACGGUGUAUGAGCGCUGGUGGUAUGAGAAGCUCAUCAACAUGACCUACUGUCCCAAGACCAAGGUGUUGUGCUUGUGGCGUAGAAAUGGCUCUGAGACCCAGCUCAACAAGUUCUAUACGAAAAAGUGUCGGGAGCUGUACUACUGCGUAAAGGACAGCAUGGAGCGUGCUGCUGCCCGACAGCAAAGCAUCAAACCCGGACCAGAACUGGGUGGCGAGUUCCCUGUGCAGGACAUGAAGACUGGGGAGGGUGGCUUGCUGCAGGUCACCCUGGAAGGGAUCAAUCUCAAGUUCAUGCACAACCAGGAGCGGAAGGUUUUCAUAGAGCUGAAUCACAUUAAAAAGUGCAAUACAGUUCGAGGCGUCUUUGUCCUGGAGGAAUUUGUUCCUGAAAUUAAAGAAGUGGUGAGCCACAAGUACAAGACACCAAUGGCCCAUGAGAUCUGCUACUCUGUGUUGUGUCUCUUCUCGUAUGUGGCUGCAGUGCGUAGCAGCGAGGAAGAUCUCAGAACCCCACCCCGGCCUGUCUCUAGCUGAUGGAGAGGGGUUAAGCAGCUGCCCCCGUGCAGGGGACGCCUCUUGCCUCUUGCUGUUCCCAAGUACACGAUGCUGCUGUGACUGAGGCAUGGAUGAUGCGUGUAUGUUCUCUGCAAGCCCCUCGCCGUGGCUAAGUUGGUUACCAGUUAUGCGUCUCUGAGUGUGUCUUCGAGCAUGUCUGUCACAGGGCUAAGCUAGACCCUUCCACCUCCUCCCUCUCCACUCCCAGAAGACCAAACUACUAUCCCCUCAGGGCUUAAGUGUGUGAGUGUGUGUGUCUGUGUCUGUCGGGCCAGUGUGAGCCCACUACUGUGUGUCCUUGAGACAUUCGUGUUGUGGUUCCUUGUCCUUGGCGUCAUAACCUUCCAGUGCAGGAAUCUGGCUCCGCAUCCUCUGUGAUCCGGUAGGACUGGGCACCUGGAGAAUUCCACUCUGUGUGGGCGAGGGGAACUUGGGGCCUGCCUCCCGGACGAGGGGCAGGCACAGAGGGGAAGGAAGAGAUGGGGGCAGCUGGAGGGAGUGGCAGCCUCCCUGCUUCCUUACGCAUUUCUCAGGCUGGCAGCUACUGCUUUGCUGCUACCUGCCAUGGCCUCCUUCACUGCAGCAGAGCAGCGAUUUCCCUGUGGCCUGCCGUGCCUUCAGCAUGAGAGGACAGAGUCGUCAGGGCUAGUAGAGUCCCAGGGACCGCCGGCUGCUCUGCCCAAGCAUCAGGGAAGGGUGGGAAAAGCCCAAGUUCAGUACACAUAGCUGGUCUGCAGGCAGUACCUCCCGGCACUGGGUGCCAGAAGGGAAAGACGGCCUGGGGGUGGGCAAGAGAUGACUGUAAAUAUUUCAGCUCCUCAUUAUUUAUAGAAAAUGUACAGCUGUGUGAAUGUGAAAUAAAUGUCCUUGACUCCCCUUGG